CCAUCGCUUCACCAUCCAUCCAGACCCAACACACAACACUAACAAACUCCCUCUAUUCUCUGCCUUUCUCAUUUCUCGAUCCGCCGCUCGGUUCUUCCCUCCUCUAUUCACCACCGCCGCCGCCAUAAUGGAGGGGACUCGUCGGCGAUCGACCACCACCACCAAACCCUUUCGUAAAUUAACUGAUCACGAUGAAAGUAGUGCAUUGACUGGCCCAAAAGCAUCCGAUGCAUUACCCCUUCCUUUAUAUAUAACCAACGCUCUCUUCUUCACCGUUUUCUUCUCCGUUGUUUAUUUCUUGCUUACUCGUUGGCGUGAGAAGAUUCGCAAUUCUACUCCUCUUCAUCUUGUCACUCUCUCCGACAUCGUUGCUAUUUUUGCCUUUGUUGCUUCUUUCAUUUAUAUGCUUGGUUUCUUCGGCAUCGACUUCGUUCAGUCCCUUAUCCUCCGUCCUUCUCCUGAUGUCUGGGCUGCCGAAGACGACGACGAAGAUGAAGAAGAUCUUCUCAAAGAAGAUGCCCGCAAAGUUCGCUGCGGACAGGCUCUUGAUUGCACUGCACCACCACAAAAACUCGCCGUGGUUCCUUCUCCUCCCCUCAAGCCUAAGGUUGUCGAUGAAAUCCCAUUUCCAACCACUUUAAAUGAAGAAGAUGAGGAGAUUAUCAACUCUGUGGUGGCUGGAAAAACCCCGUCAUAUUCACUCGAGUCUAAAUUGGGUGAUUGCAAGCGUGCUGCAGCAAUAAGGCGUGAGGCUUUGCAGAGGAUUACUUGCAAGUCUUUAUCUGGAUUGCCCUUGGAGGGUUUUGAUUACGAGUCUAUUUUGGGGCAGUGCUGUGAGAUGCCAGUAGGGUAUGUGCAGAUUCCUGUAGGAAUUGCUGGGCCUUUGUUGCUUGAUGACAAGGAGUACUCCGUUCCAAUGGCCACAACUGAAGGCUGCUUGGUGGCUAGUACGAAUAGGGGUUGUAAAGCGAUUCAUUUAUCUGGUGGUGCUACAAGUGUGUUGUUGAGAGAUGCCAUGACUAGAGCACCUGUUGUGAGGUUUGGAACUGCUAAAAGAGCUGCUCAAUUGAAGUUCUACUUGGAGGAUCCUGCCAAUUUUGAGGUUGUGUCCACGGCUUUUAACAAAUCUAGCAGAUUUGGUAGACUUCAGAACAUUAAGUGUGCUCUUGCUGGCAAGAAUCUCUACAUGAGAUUCUCCUGCAGCACUGGUGAUGCUAUGGGCAUGAACAUGGUUUCUAAAGGUGUUCAGAAUGUUUUGGACUUUCUCCAGAAAGAUUUCCCUGAUAUGGACGUUCUUGGCAUCUCUGGAAACUACUGUUCUGAUAAGAAGCCUUCCGCUGUCAACUGGAUUGAAGGAAGAGGCAAGUCAGUAGUGUGCGAGGCAAUCAUCAAGGGUGAUGUAGUGAGGAAGGUGUUGAAGACUAACGUGGGGGCCUUGGUAGAGCUUAAUAUGCUCAAGAACCUUACUGGUUCUGCCAUGGCUGGAGCUCUCGGCGGCUUCAACGCUCAAGCUAGUAACAUUGUCUCUGCUAUUUAUAUUGCCACUGGCCAAGAUCCUGCGCAGAACGUAGAGAGUUCUCACUGCAUUACCAUGAUGGAACCUCUUAAUGGCGGAGAGGAUCUUCAUGUCUCAGUGACUAUGCCUUCCAUUGAGGUUGGUACAGUUGGAGGAGGUACCCAGCUCGCAUCCCAGUCAGCAUGCUUGAACCUGCUCGGGGUGAAGGGUGCUAGCAAAGAGACACCGGGAGCAAACGCAAGGCUUCUGGCCUCCAUUGUAGCUGGUUCUGUUCUCGCUGCAGAGCUCUCCCUCAUGUCCGCUAUUGCAGCUGGACAACUUGUCAGUAGCCACAUGAAGUUUAACCGGUCAAAGAAAGAUGUUUCCAAGGUUUCUUCGUAAAAUUGAGGCAAGAAUGCCCUGGGACGGUGCAGAGAUCCAUAAGACGAGUCAUAUGAUGAACUGUCGAUUAGGCAGUUCAGAAGACAGAGAGAAAGAGAGAGGAUAGGAAAGGAAACAGAAUAAAUGGAUAUCAGCAUAGAAAAUGUUAAUGUGUAUUCUCUUUCGUUCUUUCUUUCUGUUGUUAUUUUUUUCUUUUAAGAAAUAUGUUCUGAAAAUUGUGUAAAAUUAUCCAAACAUUUAAAGCGAUUUUCUUCUUGUUCAUGAAA